GCUGGUAACAAGACAAAGAAGAACAGGUGUAUAAAGACAUGGUGUAGAAUAUAAAGCGACUCGACUCGCCGACUUGUUGAAAGAGAGCGAAGACAGAGACACUGAGAGAACGAAUCUAUUCACUUCUUCUUCUUAUUCCUUUUUAUUCAUCAUCUUUUCUGCCUCUCGAGUCAGAUCCAGUACUGAAGAAUAGAACAUCACUCACCAUGGUCAAAGACAAAGAGCAACACCCUAUUAAGGAGAAGAAGCUCCUCGUCAGCCUCAUAUGGAACUUCUCCACAGAGCUAAAGCUCAUCUUCAUGGCGUUGCUUGUUAUAUUCACUUUAGCCACUCUCUUACCUUUCAUACCUUCUUCAUUCUCACUCUCCACCUCCGACUUCCGCUUCUGCAUCUCACGCUUCUCCUCCGCCGUUCCCGUUAACACCACAACCACAACGGAAGUCUUACCCGAGAAGAAGACGGCGACGGAGCUAGAAAGAGUUUUAGCUAACGGCGUUAUUAAACGGACGUUUACUGGCUACGGCUCUGCAGCUUACAACUUCAUCUCAAUGAGCGCUUACAGAGGCGGCGUCAACACUUUCGCCGUUAUCGGCUUAUCGUCAAAACCCCUCCACGUGUACGGCCAUCCUUCCUACCGCUGCGAGUGGGUCCCUCUCGACCCGACUCAGGACCCGGUUUCAACACUCGGGUUUAAAAUCCUAACCGACUGGGGAUACGGACGGAUCUACACAACAGUCGUCGUCAACUGCACUUUCCCAUCAACCACCGCCGUCGGCGGGAACCUCAUCCUCCACGCAACCACCGGAGAUCCCGACCGUAACCUCACCGACUCAAUCCCCGUCCUAACGGAACCACCAAACUCCGUCGACUUCACCCUCUACAGCUCCCCGAAGAAGAAGUACGACUACCUAUACUGCGGCUCGUCUCUCUACGGCAACCUAAGCCCGCAGAGAGUCAGAGAAUGGAUCGCGUACCACGUGAGGUUCUUCGGAGAACGGUCGCAUUUCGUGCUCCACGACGCCGGAGGGAUCCACGACGAAGUGUUCGAGGUUCUGAGGCCGUGGAUCGAGCUAGGGAGAGUGACCGUGCAUGAUAUAAGGGAGCAAGAGCGGUUCGACGGGUAUUAUCAUAAUCAGUUCAUGGUUGUGAAUGAUUGCUUGCAUAGGUAUAGGUUCGCGGCGAAGUGGAUGUUCUUCUUUGAUGUUGAUGAGUUUAUAUAUGUUCCGGAGAAAGAGACGAUUAAGUCGGUGAUGGAAUCUUUGGAGGAAUAUUCUCAGUUUACUAUUGAGCAGAUGCCGAUGAGUAGUAAGAUUUGUUACUCCGGUGAUGGUCCGGCGAGAACUUAUAGGAACUGGGGGUUUGAGAAAAUGGCAUACAGGGACGUCAAGAAAGUUCCAAGACGUGACCGCAAAUACGCGGUCCAGCCGAGUAAUGUAUUUGCAACGGGUGUCCACAUGUCUCAGAACUUACAAGGGAAGACAUACCACAAGGCCGAGAGCAAGAUCCGUUACUUCCACUACCACGGCUCCAUCUCUCAGCGCCGUGAGCCUUGCCGUCACCUUUUCAACGACUCUCGAGUUGUUUUCGAGAACAAUCCUUAUGUGUUGGACACUACGAUCCGCGACGUUGGCCUCGCUGUGAAAACUUUCGAGAUGAGAACGAUCGGUAACCGGUUGCUUAGGACACGGCAAUGAGAAUAUAAAGAAAAAAGGAUAGUGAUUGUAUUUGUCUUUAGAAAGAUUUAUUAGAACUUAAUCAAAGAUGGGGCAGAUGUUUUACUUUAUUGUUUUAUUUUGUGUAUUCUUUCAUUAUAUUGUAUCACAACUUGGGUAUAUGUUCAUAGUACAGCUUAAACUCUUGGUA